UUCUGGGCAGGGCUUUCUGAAUGAACCGAUGCUUUAUAAACUACACGCUUGAGUCAGGCGGAGCAGCAGACAGAGAAGGCUCACUUCUGGGCGAGACUUCAGGAAGGUUUGUUCUUCGAGCUCGGGACAGCAGUAAAGCGAUAAAAUGAUCAUCAUCAUUGAAGAUCAGGAUGGCUUUGACAAGGCUCUUGCUGAGGCAGGUGGUAAGCUUGUAGUGGUUGAUUUUACAGCUACGUGGUGCGGGCCUUGUCAGAGCAUCGCUCCAUUUUACAAAGGCCUGUCUGAAAAUCCUUCCUAUGCUAAUGUGGUCUUCCUUAAAGUGGACGUGGAUGAUGCACAGGAUGUAGCCCAGUCUUGUGAGAUAAAAUGUAUGCCAACAUUCCACUUCUACAAGAACGGGAAGAAGCUGGAUGAGUUCUCUGGGUCCAACCAGGCUAAACUGGAAGAGAUUUUGAACCAACACAAAGGCUAAGCCUGAUACAACCCACUCUUAAAUGUUUCCUGUGCAGCAUAAGCAAUUUUACAAACGAUAACACCACACUUGUUUUGUUACUCAAAGGACUUUCAUUUUCUAGUCAUUUGUCAGUGAUUUUAGCAGGUCAAAAUCUGCCUUACAAAAUCUUUCAACCAUAAUGAAUACCUCUGUAUGUUUCUGUGUUCACUUGUAACUCUUAGAUGUUUUUUUUCCCAACGUCAAUAAAUGGAAUUAAAGAAAUAAAAUAGAAUGUUGAUUUUG